GGAUCAUUCUAGGGUUGUCGGUUGUUCCUGUAAUGGCGGAACGCGGGGACACCGAGGCGGAGAGGUACAAUAGCGAGAUAAGGAUGGCGCAACAGCAGCAGCAACAACAACAACCUCCUCAGCAGCAGCAGCAAGCUCUGCGCUUUCGGGGGCCGACCCCUCCUCCUAGUGCUGUCAUGAGAGGCCCUCCGCCGCUUUUGCGGCCCCCUCCUCCGUUUGGUAUGAUGCGAGGUCCACCCCCGCCUCCACGGCCUCCGUACGGCCGACCUCCCUUCGAUCCUAAUAUGCCUCCUAUACCACCACCAAGCGGCAUCCCGCCUCCGAUGACGCCUCCUCAUCUCCAGAGACCUCCCUUCAUGCCUCCGCACAUGGGAAGUAUGCCACCUCCCGGCAUGUUAUUCCCUCCAGGGAUGCCACCCGUGUCCACGCCUGGCACUGCAGCAAGUCCCAACCAAAACCCAACUCCCACGCAAGCCCCGUCGCUGCCACCAAACGAGGAGAUCUGGGUGGAGAAUAAGACUCCCGAUGGAAAGGUCUAUUAUUACAAUGCUCGUACUCGGGAGUCUGCAUGGUCAAAGCCCGAUGGAGUAAAGGUCAUCCAACAAUCAGAGCUCACUCCACUGAUGGCAGCUCAGGCUCAAGCUCAGGCCCAAGUUCAAGCUCAGGCCGCGCAGGCUCAAGCCCAGGCCGCUCACGCGCAGGCAGUCUCUGUCGUAUCUCCCACAACGAGCAGCCCUGCGUUACUGGAGUCUACAUCAUCUUCUUCAGUCAGCCAGUCUUCCUCCACUAAUACUACUACUUCAAACUCGAUCUCACAAGUGAUCCCUAGUUCGUCGGCUCCAGAGCCAACCCAAAGCGUGUCUGUUUCGGCAAACACGACAUCAGUGAGUGUCGCGACCUCUUCUCCGGCGGUUUCUUCGGUACAGACUUUGUCGCAGCAGCUGUCGCAGACAUUACCUCCCAACGUUUCUCAUGCAGUAGCCCAGCAGGCCACAGCAAUCCCUGCCUUCCCUCCUGUCAUGGUACCCCCAUUUCGCGUCCCCCUUCCUGGCAUGCCCAUUCCUUUACCAGGUGUAGCAAUGAUGCAAAUAGUCAGCUGCCCGUAUGUAAAGACAGUCGCUACCACCAAAACCGGUGUCCUGCCUGGGAUGGCGCCUCCACUCGUGCCGAUGAUCCAUCCCCAAGUGGCUCUGGCAGCGUCUCCCGCGACCUUAGCAGGAGCAACGAUUGUCUGCGAGUGGUCAGAGUACAAAACGGCCGACGGCAAGACGUAUUAUUACAAUAACAGGACCUUGGAAUCCACUUGGGACAAGCCCCAGGAAUUAAAAGCAAAGGAUAAAGAAAUGGAAAAGUUAAAAGAGGCAGCCAAACCAGAUCCAAUUGUGGAGGAAACUCAGCCCAUGGAGGCAGAAGAUGACGUGUCCAAGGAAGAGCCUCCCAAGGAGAUUAAGGAGGAACCAAAAGAAGAGGAGAUGACCGAGGAAGAAAAGGCUGCCCAAAAAGCCCGCCCAGUAGCUACGACACCCAUUCCUGGCACUCCAUGGUGUGUUGUAUGGACCGGCGACGAGCGCGUCUUUUUCUACAAUCCUACUACACGUCUUUCAAUGUGGGAUCGCCCCGAAGACCUCAUUGGCAGAGCGGAUGUAGACAAAAUCAUUCAAGAACCUCCACAUAAAAGAGGAAUGGAAGAUGUCAGGAAAUAUUUUAAAGAAGAUCAUGAAUCCCCAGAAGAUGCCAAUGAUGACGAACCUAUAAAAGCUAAAAAGAGAAAGAAAGAUGACCCGGAGUCUGAAAAAGAAACCGCCAUGGAGGCUGAGAUCAAAGCUGCUCGAGAACGUUCCAUUGUUCCUCUGGAUGCUCGAAUGAAACAAUUUAGAGAUAUGUUGCUGGAGAGAGGGGUUUCAGCUUUUUCAACCUGGGAAAAAGAACUGCACAAGAUUGUGUUUGACCCCCGUUACUUACUCCUCAACCCUAAAGAAAGAAAGCAGGUGUUUGAUCAGUACGUGAAAACCAGGGCAGAAGAGGAGCGCCGGGAAAAGAAAAACAAGAUUAUGCAAGCUAAAGAGGACUUUAAGAAAAUGAUGGAGGAAGGCAAGAUCACGCCAAGAACCACUUUUAGCGAGUUUGCAGCCAAGCACGCCAAAGACGCUCGAUUCAAAGCGAUUGAAAAAAUGAAAGAUCGGGAAACUUUGUUUAAUGAGUAUAUGGUUGCGGUCAGGAAGAAGGAAAAGGAAGAUUCCAAGAAUAAAGGAGACAGGGUCAAAACGGAUUUCUUUGAUUUGCUAUCGGGCCACCAUCUCGACGGACAGUCACGAUGGAGCAAAAUAAAAGAUAAAAUUGAAAGCGAUCCCCGUUACAAAGCAAUAGAGGGUUCGUCGACGCGAGAGGAGCUUUUUAAACAAUAUAUUGAGAAGCUAGCAAAGAACUUAGAUACCGAUAAAGAGAAGGAACUGGAAAGGCAAGCUCGCAUCGAAGCAAGUUUGCGGGAAAGAGAGCGGGAGGUGCAGAAAGCGCGGUCCGAGCAAACAAAGGAGAUUGACAGGGAGAGAGAACAGCACAAGCGAGAGGAGGCCAUCCAGAAUUUCAAAGCUCUCCUAUCUGAUAUGGUACGGUCGUCCGAUGUUUCGUGGUCUGAUACCAGGAGGACACUCAGGAAAGAUCACAGAUGGGAGUCUGGCUCCCUGCUGGAAAGGGAGGAAAAAGAAAAACUUUUCAAUGAACACAUAGACGCGCUCACAAAGAAGAAACGCGAACAAUUCAGACAGCUCCUGGAUGAAACAUACGCGAUCACGUUAACAUCUACUUGGAAAGAAGUUAAGAAGAUCAUCAAGGAUGAUCCUCGAUACAUUAAAUUCUCUUCGAGCGACCGAAAAAGGCAAAGGGAGUUUGAAGAAUACAUCAGAGAUAAACACAUCACUGCCAAAGCCGAUUUUAGGACGUUAUUGAAGGAGACAAAGUUCAUAACAUACAGAUCGAAAAAGCUGGUUCAAGAGUCUGACCAGCACCUGAAGGAUGUUGAGAAGGUUUUACAGAACGACAAAAGAUAUUUAGUACUUGACUGCAUUCCCGAGGAGAGACGUAAACUUAUUAUAUCCUACGUAGAUGACCUCGAUCGACGUGGCCCUCCGCCACCCCCGACAGCCUCAGAGCCUGCGAGAAGAUCAACAAAGUGAUGGCAGGAUGUUUUAAACAGACUGGUAUAUGUUCGUUCAUACUAAGUGCAUGAGCCACCUGCCGUGUUUAUCGGUUGAUUCGACGGAAACCAACUAAAAAAAAAAUAAUGGAAGAAAAUACAUAAACUCAAGGAGGAAAAACUGAGCGACAGCAGCAUUUAUGAUCAGUCAAUGGUUAUGUCUUCAACACACUAGUAAUGUCACCUGUUUGUGUAUCACACUUGUCAUAUUUGCUCGAUCCUCAUUCCCAAACCUCUUGUCAAUUAACAGUCAGGUUUUACCUUUACGUCCAGGAUUUUUACAGUACAUCUGCACCCCAGUCACGUUCGGUUUCAAAUGCUUCAUGGUUACCCUAUGAUACAAGUGGCCUAUUAAAGUUUUUAUUUUUCUAUAUUUUUUUUCCUACCCUUGGAAGUAAAUGGAAUGGAUCGUAAGUUAUCGGAAACUUAUCAACAUCUUUGAAGAGUUGGGUCAAACGGCUCCAAGACAGGAACUCCUGCCGUUGCGAUCAGAUAGGGUCUAGUUUUCCCCCCAAUGUAAGAAUGGGCUGUGUGGACAGAAUGGGUGUCUCUGGUGACUUGUCGGGUAGUUAGGACAAUAGCACGAGGCCUUUAUUUGCAGCUGCCAGACAGAACUGGUGGCUUAUUUUCAUGAUUUUUUUAUUAUUAUUUUUUUAACCAUGAAGCGAUCUUUUGUUAUAUUUGGAAUUGAGGGUAGGAUCACCCGUCAGGGUAUUCUUAUAGAACUGUCUGCUCCAGUUUGAAUGUUAAACUUGUGUUUCUAAAGUUUAAUUUUGCAAUGUUGCGUUUGUUCAGUUUAUGUAUUUGAACUACCAAUAAACCCUUUUUUAUAUAA